AUGGCUGAUAUUCUGUCAGAACUUUUCGAGUCAGGCCUAGCAACCGCCGGGUCGCCCUGGGAGACGCUCUGCUUGAUGCUUGAUCACGCAGACGACGCUGGACAUGAAAUCAAACGCCUCCUGGACGCGCCAUUGUUCACCUGCAAUACUAUUCUAUUUGCUCGCAGUCACAUAAGUCUCAAGCUGCAACAUCGAAAGCCCGAAAUCAUCGACGAAAUGGUCGAAGCAAAGCACUGCUUGGAGUCUCUCUAUUUCCCAGAGUGGCAAUAUCGUGGAAACACGGUCGAGAAGCCCCGAGCUGAUACCUGUGCCUGGGUCUGGACACAUCCUGCCUUCGUCCGGUGGCAAGCCCAGCCCGGUGGGAUCCUCUGGAUCAAAGGAAAACCGGGCAGUGGGAAAAGCACGAUUGCAAAGAUGAUCACCGGCAAGAUCAGUGGGCAUCUAACGCGCCAUGACAAUGGCCAGUCUCCUCCACGUUUCAGCACCGCCAAUUUCUUCUACAGUGCCCGGAUGGGCGAAAAGGCCACCCGCCAUUAUUACAUGCUCCGGUCCAUUCUCUACCAGGUGCUAGACCAGGAUAGGUCUGUAUACAGACAUUUCAAGGCCAGCUACCGGCGCCUCCUUGCCAAACAGCUGCCGUGGACCAUGGAGGACUUCAGAGAGGUGCUUCAAUCGGUCACGAACGAUUGUUGCGGUGGGCAUCGGCGGAUAUGCUGCAUCUUGGACGGUUUCGAUGAAGCUGACGAAGAAGAAGACUCGGGAAGCGUGAGCUCUCGGUUGACAAAGACGCAAGUGCUCCAAUGGCUGGCAGAACUGGCCGUCCGAAAGGAACAGGGGUCGUGGAUGAAACUGAUUGUCUUGAGUCGCCCGGUGCCGAGCAUCGCCCGAGUGCUUGGGAGAAAUUGCAUCACGGUGGAGGAGCACAAUGCCCCAGACAUCAAGCACCUCAUAAGUACCGGCUUCGCAAGCAUCCAGCGAACGAUCGAUGACUGGGAUCGACACGACUAUGAGCUGCUCCCGGACGGAAGUCCAGGCCAGCCGAGUGAGUCGCAGGACACACUGGCCUCCUUGAAAAGUGAGAUGCGGAAGAAAGCGUGUGGAACAAUCCAAUGGGUGGUCCUUGUUUUAAAGGAGCUCCAAGCUGAGAUAGACCGUAGGGGAGUCUACAGCAGAGCUGAAUUGGAAGACAUUGUCGCAUCACUUCCCAGCGGUCUCCACGAGCUUUACCAGGAGCUCGUCACAAGGCUCCAGCGUCGACUAAGACCUGUCGAAGUGCGAAAGGCCAACUUGAUGCUGUCAUGGGUGUGCUUCUCCCAUCGACCACUGGCUCUGAUGGAACUUCGAGACGCUCUUGCUCUCGAUGGUUGGACGGAUUCUAAGCCACGCACAAUGCUCAGCGAGCACCUCAAAUCACGACGCUUACAGCUGUCUCAGACACACAACUGGGCGCCUGUGGAGCGUGAGAUCCUGCAUUGCUGUGGCUGUCUGUUGGAGGUUGUGAAGGUGGCAUCAUCCAGAACUCUUGCCUCUGUGCGAUCCACUGUGACCGGACCACACGACAUUGUCCAGGUAGCUCAUCACUCCGUUAAGGAAUUCCUGCUUCAGGAAACCGGGGCCCCGGAACCGUUCAGGCUACUACCAGACGAAGCCUACCAGUCCCACAAGCUAUCUCGACGACCGGCCUCUUUUGGCGUAUGCAGUGCAGGCAUGCCGACGCUGGAUAAACAAUGCAGACCAUUCCUGCCAGCUGAUCCUCCCGCGGCUGGAGCCACUCAUCAACAAUCCAGACGACGACCUAUCGUGCCUACUCGUAUCGUGGAUGGGCUCGGGAUCGUCUCACCUGCAGCAUUCGACAACAGACCCGGGCCGGAUUUCCUUCCGACACUGCAUCGAAAACAUCUUUGUUCUCGCUUGCCAGCUGAAUCUCCUGAGUACGCUUCGACUGGUGCUCGAGCACCCGGACUUUGUCCUGCACGACCGACUCCUGCACUACAGCUUCUUCAGCGCCGUGAGAAACGGCCAUCUGGCUCUCGCGGACAUGAUUCUUCGAUCUGGGGUGAACAUAUACGGCGCCGAGAUGAGGGGAGAUGUGGAAAGGGAGUUCUACACGGCCAAGGAACAAGGCAAGUUUCCAGUAUGCUGUCUGAUAGGAGAUCAUUACCAGGAUUACUACUCACAGUCCUUCGACCUACGCACGGGUGGAAAUGCUGGGAGCGGUUAGUCAAGCUCACUGAUAGGGCGUUGGAUGCCUUGUGA